GCUAGGCCUAGGCUCCUUCUGGUGGGCGUGCAGAUAGACAAUCAUUUGCUAAAAUACACCACCACAAGACUCACCUUGACGCGAGAGCUGUGAGCAAGUCUGUAUCAAAUUAAAUAAUAGUCUGUUGACUUUUGUGGGUAAAUGGAUCAGUGGAAAGGUAGAGUAGCCCUUGUGACUGGAGCCUCCGUUGGAAUCGGAGCGGCUGUCGCGAAAGCUUUAGUGCAACAUGGUAUGAAGGUGGUCGGCUGCGCCAGGAGCAUUGAAAAGAUAGAGAAACUGGCAGCAGAAUGUCAGAGUGCUGGCCUGAGUGGCACUCUCGUUCCCUACAAAUGCGACGUGUCAAACGAAGAGGAAAUCCUCUCCAUGUUCUCCACCAUCAAGACCUUGCAUCAGGGUGUUGAUGUGUGCAUCAAUAACGCUGGCCUAGCUCACCCUGAGCCACUGCUGAGCGGCAAAACUGAUGGCUGGAGAACGAUGAUGGAUGUUAAUGUUCUGGCUUUGACAAUCUGCACACGUGAGGCCUACCAGUCCAUGAAAGAAAGAAAUGUGGACGAUGGUCACAUCAUUAACAUCAACAGUAUGAGUGGACACAGGGUGGCUCCUGAUGCCAGCUGUCACUUCUACUGUGCCACCAAGUAUGCUGUGACUGCACUUACAGAGGGACUUAGACAAGAGCUUCGAGAAGCAAAAAGUCACAUCCGAGCCACUUCAAUAUCACCUGGUUUUGUGGAAACAGAAUUUGAAUUCCGUCUCCAUAGUGAGGAACCAGAGAAAGCUGCUGCAAUAUAUGCCAGUAUGAAGUGCAUACAGGCUGGUGACAUCGCCAGCACAGUGAUAUAUGCCCUGAGUGCCCCUCCACAUGUACAGAUUGGUGACAUACUGAUGAGGCCUGUUGAACAGAUGUCCUAACAUCAUGUAUGCAGCCUGCCCCUUGAGGAUCUGCUGGAGGCAGGACAUAGGCUACCAUGUCUAAAUAUGCUCAAGAUUAGAGUGUAUCCCCUUAAAGGGGUCUGUGAGUGUGUGAAGUGCUUGGGCCGCAGGGUCCUACAGGUGCAAUGCUGACGUAUGAGGAUAGGAGUGCCCGAUAGGAGAAAUGGUGACCCAUUUAGAAUGUUGGCUUUGGUGUAAUAAUGUAUGUUUCAGAUUUAUUUUUCACUUUUUGUAUGUGUUUGUGUUGUAUAAUGAUUGCUGAUAAUGAAUUGGCCUGAUUGAUCAAAAAGUCAAGGCAACCUAUAUGAAAUAUGAAUGAGUAAACCCUUCCUUGCAAGAUGUAAACUUUUACUCAACAAUAACGAUAAACAUCUCCUACA